ACUUUAUAUACUCGUAAAUAAACUAGCAGCCUCAAUGGAGAAGAAGAGGGUGGCCGUCGUCGGAGCCGGCGUGAGCGGGCUGACGGCGUGCAAGCACCUGCUGGAGCGCGGCUGCCGGCCGGCCGUCUUCGAGGCGGACAAGCUCCUGGGCGGCGUGUGGGCGCGCGCCCCAGACUGCACGUCGCUGCAGUCGGAACGGCCCAUGUACCAGUUCUCCGACUUCCCUUGGCCGGAGUCCGUGAAGGAGGUGUUCCCGGACCGCCGCCAGGUCGCCGACUACCUUGACGCCUAUGCCCGUCACUUUGGCGUGCUCGACUGCGUCAGGUUUGGCCGCCGGGUGGUCGGGAUGGAGUAUGUGGGCGUCGGUGAGGAGGAGGUGGUGGAGUGGGAGGAGUGGGCCGGGUGCGGCGAGGCGUUUGGUUCUGGCGAGGGUGAGUGGCGUCUCACCGUGGCCGACGCCGAGGACAACAUGGAGACACACGUGGCAGACUUUGUGGUUCUUUGCAUUGGGAGGUUUAGUGGUGUGCCCAACAUACCCACGUUUCCUCAAGGCAAAGGUCCAGAAGCAUUUGAUGGGCAGGUGAUUCACACCAUGGAUUACGCCAAAAUGGGCACCAAGAAAGCUAACGAGAUGGUAAAGGGCAAGCGUGUGACCGUCAUUGGCUACUUGAAAUCAGCGCUCGACGUGGCUGCUGAAUGUGCAGACGUAAAUGGUACUGAAUAUCCAUGUACAAUGGUUGUCCGAACAAAGCACUGGAUCAUACCAAGCUACUAUGCUUGGGGUUUCCCUAUAUCAAACUUGUAUCUGAAUCGCUUCUCUGAAUUCCUCAUUCACAAGCCCGGCGAGGGCUUCCUCCUAUGUCUCUUGGCCACCAUCUUGACUCCACUGAGGUGGUUAUUCUCAAAGUUUGCUGAGAGCUACUACUCCAUCCCCAUGAAGAAGCAUGACAUGGUGCCUGAGCAUAGCUUCUUUGAGGCACUAGCGACAUGCUUGAUCGCCAUUACACCAAAGGAUCACUACAAGAGACUAGACGAAGGCAGCAUUGUUCUAAAGAAGUCCAAGACCUUUAGCUUCUGCAAGGAAGGUGUAGUUGUUGAAGGUGAAUCUUCGCCGAUAAAGAGUGAUAUAGUGAUCUUCGGAACGGGAUUCAAGGGAGACCAAAAGAUCACGAGCAUGUUUACUUCAGAAUACUUUCAGAGUAUUGCAGUUGGGCCAAUAUCCUCGACUGUACCUCUAUACAGGGAGUGCAUACAUCCUAAGAUUCCGCAGCUUGCGGUCCUUGGUUAUUCAGAGAGUUUGGCGAAUCUGUACACUGCAGAAAUUCGGGGCAAAUGGCUAGUGCAUUUCAUUGAUGGUGGAUUCAGAUUACCAAGUGUUAAAGCGAUGCAGGGUGAUAUCCUUGAGUGGGAGAAGUUUAUGAAGCGCUAUUCUCGUGUCUACUUCCGGAGGUCCUGUAUUGGGCUUCUUCACAUCUGGUACAAUGAUCAACUAUGUCAAGACAUGGGAUGCAACCCGAGAAGGAAGAAUAGCAUUUUAGCUGAAUUAUUUGAGGUAUAUGGUCCCCGUGAUUAUGUUAAUCUUCACCCCAAGUAAGAGGAGGUCUUGGUAGGAUUCUUAUGUGCAGCUCAUAUGUUCUGAGCAAUCGAUGUGGGUUAUGUCAGCAUAGUAUGUUUUUUUAUGUAUUUUCGAGCCUGAUUAUCCUUUAUGGUCGAUCAUAUGAUAUUUUGAUAAAUAAUGAUUAUGUGAUGAACAUACAUCAGAUAUCUUAAACAUAUGAUAUUUCAAAUAAAUAAUGAUUCUGUGAUGAGCAUACAUCAGAUA